AUGCAAUUCGCCCUCCAUGUCCUCGCGAACGACCUGAACCAUCCAGCUCAUUUUACCAAUAGUACUGAGCUUGAAGUAUGGAUUUGGAUGCAGGGCGUAUUCCCACAAGUCCUCGGUUUUCCCAAUCCUUCUGUCGUUCCAUACUCCAAUGGCGUAUUCGUUUAG